UUCUUGGUUUACUACGAAAGAAAAAAUACGGUGAUAUCCCUAGUAGUAGAGUUGAAAGUAGCGCUAGCACCUACGCUACAGCUACGUCGGUUUUCUUGCUGCCUCGAUACCCCUUGCUUUCCGUCCGAAUCAAGCAAGGGUCCCUGCACUAGCCGCAUGUCAUGAUGGCGUCUGGAAAUGAAGCGCGCAGAAAGCUGACUUUAGCGCGAGAUAGUCUAAUACAAGAUCUCAGCCCUAUUCCCUUUCUCGACCAACUGAUACAUCGAGAAGUAGUGGAGCCAGGAGAAGCCGUGGUGGACAGGACAACCGCUGCAAUGCGUCAGCUGGGCAGAACGGACGCUGUACGUUUGCUACUUGAUGACUACCUUCAACGUAAAGUCGCUGUAGACCCGAGCAUUCUGGACCAGCUCAUCGAUUCCCUUGAAGCAUCGAAUCAAAAACACUUAGCUGAACUGCUUAGAAGACCUGUCCCACCUCCUGUGCAAGCAGCCGGGGCAACGCCAGGAAAUGAUACCACAUUCACCGCAGUGCAACCUACAGGCAUGGAUGAGCUUGACAGCUGCCCGCCCAAGGAUGUAGCUGCCGGAAGUGAACUGUACGAUCUUAGUAAAGAGCUGGAGCUAGGAAAGGAAGCUGCACCCGAGGAAAUGAAUAGAGGCAAUGGCAACGCCGACAUGCAAGCGGCACGACAGGGAAGUUCUCUCAAGCGUCGAUGCGAUGACUGGAGCACGGCUUCAUCUCCGAAGAGAGCGAUCAAGGAAGAGUCCCAAACAGAUGGCAUCAUGGACAGGAACAGUGCUCAUCAUAUAUCAAAAUGGAUGACAUCAGAUAUAGCACAGAGAAGCUUGGUAAAGUUCCUCUGUGAUCGCAUCGGCUAUGAAGAAAUGUGUUCUUUGGCCGAUGUAGCCCUUGGGACAGAAGGGCUCUUGAACUCUGGCCAGAGGAAGGUCGACAAUGGUUUUUCUAUAUCACAGGAUCGUGAACCAAAGAACUGGCUCGCUACAAUGAUCAAUUUAUGGGCGAAACAAGGACCUGGAAACGAAUCAGUACUGGAGUGCAUUAAUCUGCUGGGACUGGAGAAUGGCGACACUAUAUGUGAAGAGCUCAAGCGAUUGUUUGGGGGGGAAAGUGAGCCAGUUCCAGCUAGCGAUCAAUCCAUCGGCGUGCCAGUUUCAGGGGCUGAUGCAUCUGAUUGGACUUCCCCGGCCCAGGCUGCAGCUGGAUCAAGCAAGGCUGUUGCAGGGGCUGGUCACGAAAUAAUUUAUGUCGAUCCGAACUGGAGUUUUGACCAGGACCAUCGGUUGUGCUUGAUAGCUCAUCAUUCAGCAUCAUGGGAGAUCCUGGCACGUGGACUGAAGAACGCUGCGACGGGCGCCCCUGCAUUUGCCAAUGCAGGCAACCAGAUUGCAGAACUCAAGAAGGACUGUGACAGCACCAAAGAGAGGAUGGCAAAGCUCUUGGAUGACUGGCAGCAGUUGACUAAGAAACAUGACAAGGUAAUUCAUCUUAUCCAGGCGUUCCGAGAUAUUGGUGAAUCUUCGGCUGCAAACGAUUUGAUCGCCAAAAGCCAGAAAGCUUCUCCAGAGUCUUCACAGCCGACGUCAAUUGCUGUGGCAGAAACAGGAGGUCCAGGUUAUCACUAAUUCCCGGAUUCAGGUUACCGACAGUUGACUCUUUAGGCGGCAGAGGGUAUUCACAUUUUAGAAAAUCCUUCCGAAUGCCUCAGGUUUUCUUACGUUUAUGCUCUCUACAUCUUUUGUCAUCACAACCAUAGCAACCUGGGUGUUUUGUUGUUGUUGUCUGGUUUGUUAACUUUGCUCUAUGUUCUCUCUCCUCGGCUAUGUCUUCACUGGGUUCUAGUGAUUGUCCUUUCGACUAGCGUUAGCACAUGUAAGCACUCUGCUCGAACAACCCCCCACUCCCGCCCUUCACUUUGUAAGUCAGCGUUUGGAGGACUUACAUUUGUCCUGCACAUACCGCUUAUCUUUGAGUACGUAUUUUACAGAUGUACGGCUUAGCUAGAUUUUACCGUUUACAACUCUCCCUCAAGUUUAUGAAUAGCUAGAUUAAGAUUUUUAAUGCAAUUUUUCUUAUAUUAUAGGCUGGGCACGGUUUAUUCAUAACUAUGGGUUGAUGUUGUCGAACACUUAGACACUUCAUGUAACCUUAGAGUAUUCCUGACCAUAUCUUAAACUACACUUGAUGUGAACCCCAUUUUACAUGCUUGCAUUUUGAAUGGAUCUCGAAUGUGUAUUUACUUAGUUUAAAAUGA